UUUGGUGAAAAAUCAAAUUGAGAGGCUGAUGAUAGUGACAAUUUCAGGCAGGCCCGGCGGGGCGGGCAGGGGAGGCGGGUCGGGCCGGUCCAGCGGGGCUGGCAGGUCCGACAGGUCCGACGGAGAGAUAAGCCUCGUGCCUCUCAUCGCCGGGGCACUCAUAGGGGCCGGCAUCCUGGCAGUCAUCUACUUUCACACACAAAAGUCACAAUCACCCGAAGUGCCCGAGGUGCCAACUGUAAUAGAGACUCCUCGACCCCGCAAGAUCUGCUACAGGAGGAGCAACGUGUGCCCUAAAAUAAGUCUCAAAAGGCGAAGGUUUUUGACGAAGGAAGAAGAGCAGGAACUAAAUAGACAACUUCAAGAAGAACAAGAGAAACUAAUGGCGGAACAAGAAGAACGCAAGAAACUUGAGGAAAAGAGCAAGAUCAAGAGUUUUGGCAAAUUUUUCUGUCUACCAGAAAAUAGUGAUAAGAAGGAAGAUUGUGAUCUAGAAGAAGAGAGCGCUUAGUCUCACUACUACCACAAUUGUCUGAGCGACAUCAAAUUCAAUCGGCAUAACUUGAGCCUCCUUAGCUUUCUCAGGGUCCGAAACGAAACUUACUUCAAGUGUCACUAUAGUCAACGACAUUGUGAAAUUACCUUUACCCUUAAUGUAAGCAUGUAGGUAAACGUCUUUAGCAGCAUUAAGUUUCUUUGUAAAGAACAUUUUUACAGUAAAUGUACCUUUGGGUUCUUUGAGUUCUG